AUGGAAGCUUUGGACAAAUUCCUGCGAGCUUAUGCCUUCACCUGGAAGGUUGGUAUCUGUUACAAUGCCAAAUGUUGGGAGUCUCAUGCUGAAGCGACCAAGGAAAUUCAGGAACUCUUCGUUCCAGUUGCCACGGGUCCAACCCUGGUUUUGAAUGUCGUUUCAUAUGUGAUCCUUGUGAUGUUCUUGAAUUGGGCAGCAGGUUUCUCUGCAGACUACAAUCGCUUCAUUGCUUUGUAUUCGCUGAUGCCAACGCUUGUCAUGGGGCUUUGCUACUACUACUACAUCUUCCGUCAGAAUAUGUGGCAAAUCUCAUUGUCUUCACUACUGGGAUGGUUGAACAACUGGGCCAUGGCCAUGGCAAUCUCUCUCGUGUCCUUCAGCCAAGUGGCCCUUCGUUACUUCGCCCUGCUUCUUCUCGAAGGUCUCCUUCCAUCUGCGUGGAAGGGAUAUGUAAUGUUUCCGAUGAGCACCAUUGAGAUCUCGGUGCAGAACUCCAUCCUGAUGCUCUACCUCAUGGGUUUGGCGCUCCUGGUCACCUGUCCCCUGUGGUGUGAAGGAUUCCGCGUGGUUCAGGAAUGCUUGGGACGAGACAACAAGUUGAGCAAAUCAGAAGCGUUGAUGGAGAUCUUGUACACGACGUCCCAAUUGGCCGUUGUUCUGCAAGUACAGACAGCACUUGCCAUGAUCCAAAUGCGCACGGGUUUCCCAUUCCACUUUAUCCACUUUGUGGUGGUGAUUCUGGAAUACAUCUUUUUGCAUCAAAUGGUGCAAUUCAAAUUUGCUUGGCUGCACAAACUCUGUCAUGAAAUCCAACCGCUAUACCGCCUGGUCCAUUUGGAGCAUCACAUUUGCAAAGGAACUUAUCCAACUUCCCCAGCAGCAGGUCUGUGGGAAGUGUGGAUAGAAGGUGGCACUCUUUUCUUUUGCAACACGUUGGCCUGCGUUCCUUACUUCUAUUUCAACGCCAACUCCGUGGGCCCCAACCUCGUCGUUCACAAUAUGUGGCCUCACAAGUCUUGCAUUCAGUGGCAUACUCUUCAUCAUGUGGCGCACAGCGAUAUCUAUGCAGUGAAUGUCCCAAGUGAAAACGAUGAGAAAUUCUCGCGCGAUGUGAAGCACUACCGAGAGCGACUGCAGUGCUCAUUUUUCAUCCGGCACCCUGCCAUGUCAGAUAUGGCAGGUUUUGUCAUGACCUUCAUCCUUGGGCUUGCCGUGCACUAUGUCGGUGGCAUCGGUCUUUUCCAUGUUUGGAGUGAGGGCAAUCUUCACUUCACGGGAUAA